AUGCCUCCUCCACCACCACCACCACCGCCGCCUGUAGGCCCUCCUUCCUUUUCUCGAACGCUUUCCCAGCCUCCAUCUUUACCUCCAUCCCAACCCUCUUCAGGACCCCUUCACCCAUCUCUUGCAAACGGCCUGCCUGAUCCAAAUGAUAUCACUUCUGCAAUUCGCGAAGAUUCUUCUACAACAUUUGCCACCAACCCACGGCUUGCCCUUUCCCGACCCAUGUCCCGCGCAGGCUCUCGUUCAGGAAUCAUGCACCCAAAUCCUUCUGGUGGUACCAAUAACUUUGCCUCUUAUGGCACGAUUGACGGACUAAAAGCUUACGAUUCCCAUCAUUCCACAGCUAUGCAUUCUCCUCGCAACUCGGUCAUCUUUAAUCCGGAACCAUACGUCAUGAACCAUGCUGUGCCUCUUCCUACUAGUGUCUACCAGCGUCUUCAUCGCCAAUCAGUCAUUUCACUUUCUGCAACCCCAUCUCCAAGGGAAACAAUGGUUCGUGUUGGAAAUCUCCAGGAAAUGCGACCGUUCCAUUUGGUUGGAUUUUCUAGUCCCUUUUGUGACUGGGAAGCAUAUCGCAAACCAGAUGAAGUUUUAGAAACAAUUCAAAACAAGGAAGUCCGCGAAUUUUAUGAAAAACAAAAUGCUCUCAUUGACCGAUAUAUGGAGAUUGAUCGUCUUCUAGAUUCGGGUCUUCAGAUUGAUAUGCUCCGGGAAUAUGGCUCUGAUUUGGCGGAAACCCAUGAAGUCAUUCAAGAAGAAGAAGAAGUCCCUACGGGGUCUUCAACUGAAAGUCUUACUACAGUCGCAAAUGGCGGCAGCGCAAUCAUCAACCACACAACGGGUGGCAAUGGUAUUCGCAGCGGAUCAGGUAACAGCUCAACUUCAAAACUGAAACUUACAGCUCGUCAGGGUGUGCCCGGUCGAAUUGACCAGGAGUCGCCCCUCGUUAACAAUGGUCAGGAUCGUGAAUCGCAGUCUCAAAUCGUCAUGUUUGCCAUUUAUGUCAAUUUAGUCAUUAACGUUUUCCUACUAGCUGGAAAAAUUGCUGUUGCACUUCUCACAGACUCCCUGACCAUUGUGGCCUCACUUGUGGAUUCCGUCUUAGACUUUUUGUCAACUGCUAUUAUUUGGGUCUCUACGCGGCUUGUCGAGCGCCGUGAUUGGCGUACCAAACAUCUUUACCCGGUCGGCCGCACACGUCUUGAACCCAUUGGCGUGCUAGUCUUUUCUAUUCUCAUUAUUGUCUCAUUCUUACAGGUUGGAGACGAGGCUGUUCAGCGAUUACUCUGGGGACAGCGUAUUGCUGUUGCUAUUGGCAUUGGAUCAGUUGCCAUUAUGGCAGUGACUGUUGUGGCCAAGGUCUUUUGUUGGCUUUGGUGCAAGACUAUUGAUUCUAGUGCUGUGCAGGCUUUAGCUCAAGAUGCUCUUUCCGAUAUUGUGUUUAAUACCUUUUCUAUCAUUAUGCCUCUCACUGGCCAUUACUUUGACAUUUGGUGGCUUGAUCCGCUGGGUGCAUUGUUACUUUCGUGUUACAUUUCAUGGUCUUGGGGUGAAACUGCCCUCGAGCACAUUGACCAUCUUACGGGUGCUGCGGCAGAGCCUGAGGAUCGCCAGAUUCUUUUGUACUUGUGUGCACGUUUUGCCGAGACGAUUAAACAAGUAACUGCAUUAAACGCAUAUCAUUCAGGUGACCGCCUGACAGUUGAGGUUGAUAUUGUGUUGGAGCCAAAAUCGAGUUUGCGCGACUCACAUGACAUUGGUGAGGCUCUGCAGUAUGCCUUAGAGACAGUUCCAUUUGUCGAGCGUGCGUUUGUUCAUUUGGAUUACCGUGAGGGUAAUUUCACUGGUCAUUUAGAGCGAUGA